AUGCUGACAGCAUGUGCUGCAAGUCCUCAAAAUAUGUGUGGUCAAAUAUUGGUCUUCCCAGAAGAAACCAAGACAGCUCAUGUAACACUGACAACAUCAGAACAGACUUUUAGUGCUGUAACUGUCUGUCUCAGAUCCAUUACAGACCUAAGGCGACAACACUCGCUAUUCUCUCUGGCCACACCCUCUCAUAAAAAUGCCUUCCUGCUACUUAAGCCUGCUGCGCAUGAUGUGAUUGUGCUCAAUGUCCAGAACGUAAGGAUACAAUUCAAGGCGCAGCAAUACAAACUGAACGAUUGGCAGUCCAUUUGUGCUACAUGGGACUCUACAUCUGGUCUGGCGCAGCUGUGGUUAAAUGGAAAGCCUUCAAUAAAGAAAUACGUCGGCGGAUCACAAAUCCAAAACCCCAGUACUAUCCUCGGACAGGAGCAGGAUUCCUAUGGCAGUUUUUCCAAGAAGCAGUCUUUUGUUGAUGAUGUCUACAUGUGGAACUACGUCCUUCCACCCUGUGAGAUCCAGAACUACAUGGAUGUUCUAGCUUUCAAACCAGGGAACUUGAUCAACUGGAAAGGGCUGCACUCCAAUAUCCUCGGAAAUGUGCCGUUUGAAUACAAACAAAUAUGUCCCAAACCAAGUUGA